AUGAAGCUCGCUGUGCUCACAUCGGGAGGCGACAGCGCCGGUAUGAACGCCGCCGUGCGUGCGGUGGUCAAGGCCGGCAUCCUCAAAGGCUGCGAGACGUGGAUCGUGCGGGAGGGCUACGAGGGCCUCGUCAGGGGCAACGAGGCUGCUGAGGGCGACACCGAGCCUCCUCCGGCGGCGUGCGAUAACGUGCCCGUCGCGGAUCCGGGCUUUGUACAAAAUCUGCGUUUCGGAGAUGGUGCGCUCUUACGAGACGGUACCGGUGAUCUUCCUGGGAGGAGGACGCUAAAGGGACGUUACAUCGUGAGGGCUGGGUGGGAUGAUGUUAGGGGCUGGUUUACGGAGGGUGGAACGUUAAUUGGGACGGCGAGGUCGAAGGCUUUCAGGACGGAGGAAGGACGGUUGCAGGCUGCGUUCAACAUGAUCAAGGAGGGCAUUGACGCCCUCGUCGUCUGUGGGGGCGAUGGUUCCCUCACGGGCGCAGACGUGUUUCGUUCCGAAUGGCCCUCGCUCGUCAAAAAACUCCGCGAAGCAGGCAAAAUCAACGACCAUCAGGUCGCUGCCCACGGACACCUGAAGAUCGCCGGACUGGUGGGGUCGAUCGACAACGACAUGUCGCUCACGGAUCUCACGAUCGGCGCGCCGACGGCGCUGCAGCGCAUCUGCGAGUCGAUCGACAACAUCAACUCGACCGCCUUCUCCCAUUCGCGCGCGUUCGUGAUCGAGGUCAUGGGCCGCCACUGCGGCUGGCUGGCGCUCAUGGCCGGCGUCGCCUGCGGCGCCGACUUCUUGUUCAUCCCGGAGGACCCGCCGAGCGCGCAGAUCUGGCAGGACGAGCUGUGCAAGAAGGUCAAACAGCAUAGGAGCGUGGGCAAACGCAAGACGAUCGUCAUCGUUGCGGAGGGCGCGAUUGACGACGAGUUGAACCCCAUCCAGGCCGAGGCUGUGAAGAACGUCCUCGCGGAUAAGCUCGGUCUCGACACCCGCGUCACCACCCUGGGUCACACCCAGCGAGGUGGGAGGCCGGUUGCGCUUGACCGCAUCUCGCCCACACUGCAAGGCAUGGAGGCGGUGGAAGCACUUCUCGAGGCAACGCCGACGACGCCCUCGUACAUGAUCGGCAUGCAUGAAAACAAGGUCGUUCGCGUGCCUCUCAUGGAAGCUGUGGCAAUCACAACGUCCGUGUCGGACGCGAUCACGGCCAAAGACUUCAAGAAAGCGAUGUCGCUAAGAGACCCCGAGUUUAUAGAAAGUCUCGACGCCUUUUUCGAGACAUCAAGAUGGGAUCCGCACGCCCGAUCGGCGAAAGAAAAGUGGAUGCGAGUUGGGAUCAUGCACGUCGGCGCCCCGGCAGGCGGCAUGAACGCCGCAACGCGCGCUAUGGUCCGGUAUUGCAUCCGACACGGGCACACGCCGCUGCUGAUCCACAACGGGUUCCGGGGCUUGCUGGACGACGACGUCUUCGAGCCGUCCUGGCUCGGCGUCGAUAACUGGGCGACGCGCGGCGGGUCCGAGCUGGGCACGAACCGGGAGCAGCCCGACGUCGACCUCGGCGCGGUCGCGUGCAAGUUCCAGGAGUACGCGUUCAGCGCGUUCGUGAUGAUCGGCGGCUUCGAGGCGUUCUCGUCUUUGAAGAUCCUCGAGGGCGCGAGGAAGGAUUACCCCGCGUUCCACGUGCCGAUGGUCCACCUGCCCGCGACGAUCAGCAACAACGUGCCGAUGACGGAGUUUAGUCUUGGGAGCGAUACGAGCUUGAACGCGCUCGUGGACGCGUGCGAUGCGAUCAAGCAGAGCGCGUCGGCGAGCCGGAAUAGGGUGUUCGUGGUGGAGACACAGGGCGGGCAGUGCGGGUACAUCGCGACGCUGGGCGCGUUGGCGACGGGCGCGACGAUGGUGUACACCCCCGAGACGGGCAUCAACCUUGAUAUGCUCCGGCAGGACGUGAAGUACAUGAAGAGGCGGUUCUCGCUCGACGAGAAGGGCAAGGCGGAAGGCCGUCUGGUGAUCAAGAACGAGGCGUCGUCGAACGUGUACAACACGGAGGUGAUCACCAAGAUGUUCAAAGAGGAGGGUGGCGCCCUGUUCGACUCGCGCUCGGCGUCGCUCGGGCACACGCUGCAGGGCAACAUCCCGUCGCCGAUGGACCGUGCGCGGGCGGUGCGUCUUGCGCUCCGGGCCAUGCGCUUCCUGGAGGAGCACCACGAGACGCUGCGCGGCGUGCCGUUCAAGGCGCGCCAGGCGGCGCCCGAGUCCGCGGCGGUUAUCGUUGUUCAGGGCACGGGCGUCAGGUGGGUGACGGUCGAAGAGAUGACGGAGCAUGCGGACAUGAAGAAAAGGAGGGGGAAGACGAGCUGGUGGAGCUCGUACAAGGAUCUCGUCGACAUGCUCGUUGCGCGGAAACAGAUCAUCGGAGAGCCUAAACCCGAUAGAACGCUGUAG